UUUCCCGCUGUUUUUCCCCAUGAAUUACAUCUUUUGCCUGCCUCUUUUUUCGCUCUUGCUCCUUCCUGUUCGGUCGAAAAUUUAUUUUCUGGAAACUUUUAACGAUUCCUGGAAGGACAGAUGGGUACCUUCAGAGAAAAAGGGUCAAGACCAAGGAGAUUUUAUCCUUUCACCAGGAAAAUGGUUCAGAGACGAAGAAGAAGAUAAGGGCAUUAAAACUUCACAAGAUAAUAAGUUUUACACGCUCUCCUCCAAGUUCCCAAGUUUUUCUAACGAGGGAAAAUCGCUUGUUUUGCAGUUCCAAGUUAAGCAUGAGCAGACUAUUGAUUGUGGCGGAGGCUACCUUAAGCUUCAUCCCAGUAAUAUUGAUCAAAAGUUGCUGGAUGGGGAAACUCCUUACCAUAUCAUGUUUGGGCCGGACAUAUGCGGCUCAUUGAGGAAGCUGCACAUAAUAUUUAAUUACAACGGCCGAAACUUGCAGAGAAAAAACGAAAUUUCCUUUCCUAGUGACGAGUACUCUCACUUGUGUACUCUUUUGGUCCAUAGCAACAACACCUAUGAGGCGUUUGUUGACGGAGAGAGUGUUGCCAAGGGAGCCCUGGAAGAUGACUUCGACCAUCUUCCUCCCAAGUUUAUUGAUAAAGUUGGUGACACCAAACCCGCCGACUGGGACGACCAGGAGUUUAUUCCGGACCCCACGCACGUCAAGCCUGAGGGCUACGACGAGGUGCCAGAGUAUAUCGUGGACAAGUCACAAGCGAAACCCGAAGAUUGGAAUGUUGAGGAGGAUGGAGAGUGGGAGCCCCCUAUGAUCGAAAAUCCCGAAUACAAAGGUGAAUGGACCCAGAGGACUAUGAAAAACCCGAACUACAAAGGAGUUUGGAAACCUGCUCAAGUUAGUAAUCCUGAUUACGUUCCGGAUGAAGAGUUGUAUAAGUACUCCGACAUUGGAGCAGUUAGCAUUGAGAUUUGGCAGGUUAAGAGCGGAACUAUAUUCGACAACAUCUUAGUGGGGGACGAUAUGGUGGAGGCUGAAAAGUACGCCGAAUCCACAUUCUACCCGCUGGCUGAAAAAGAGAAACAACUGAGAGACGAGCAUUUCGAAGCAUCCAAGCCUCCGGAGACCUUUAGAGAUGAGCCGGAAGGCGAGGGGGACGACGAGGAUGGAGAUGAGGAGCCUGAGGGUGAUUCCUCGAGUGAGAAGGAUGAGUUGUAGUCUUAUUAUUAUUUGGUUAUGUGCAUUGUAGUCUUUAGUAAAAGUUGAGUAGUGCGCCAUAUUCCUCCAUCUUCGCUCAAAAGGUAGACAGGCAGUCACGUGGUUAACUAACCAGCAAAUAACUCAGUAUUUCAUUAAUUGGGUAGAAGAAGCUUGCUUCUGGUUUCCGUUAAA